CUCACCUCCCCCCAAACGCCCAGCGGCUCGAACUCAGUUCAACGUGCAUUUGAGCGCGAGACUGGACGUGUUGUCGGCCGCCUAAGCAGACCCAGAGAGCGCGCAGAUUCCUUUGCCAUGGAGAUAGUGGACGUGCUUCCCCCGCGCUUCGGCUUCGUCAUCCUCACCUUCUGCUACAGCUGGGUUAUGCUCACCUACCUGGCAGUGAAAGUGGGCUCCGCGCGCAAGAAGUACGGAGUGAAGUACCCGACCAUGUACAGCGACAAGGAGCAGGUGUUUAAUUGCAUCCAGAGGGCCCACCAGAACACCCUGGAGGUGUACCCCCAGUGGCUCGUCUUCCAGACCAUCGCGGCACUCGUCUAUCCCACUGCAGCGUCGGUGCUGGGGGUCAUCUGGGUUACCAGCCGAUUCUCCUACGCCUGGGGUUACUACACCGGUGAUCCGGCGAAGAGGAUGAACGGCGCUUACGGCUACAUCGGCAUCUUCGGAGUCAUGAUCCUCUCCAUUGCGGUUGCUCUGCAGUUGCUGGGACUCUUUUAGCAGCAGAAUAAAGACCAGUGGUUUGAACCCCAGCGUCAGCCUCUCCACGAGAGCCCCUUCCUCGGCGCUGCUCGGUCGCUCCACUGCAUCAGCAUCGUAUUGUGAACAACUAAUUCCGCUCAUUUAUAUUGUCUUCUUGGAUUAGGGCAAAUUCCUUAUCGCCUGUGUCUUCUUUCAUUUUCUUUGUCUUCUUUGCUGGCCUGCUCUACAGUGGCUUGGGCAUUCCGCACUGAUAUUUGUACAAAUUCCAGUGGGACCCUUGUACACACAGUUGUUUAAUGGACUGCCGUAGCUGAGAGAGACGCAGCGGCCCUUACCUCCGUCCGGACACGUCCUCGCAGCACUGGACCAGGUCUGCACCCACAGUCAGCGUAUUUUACAAGCAACCAACGUCUACAACUAUGUGACCCAGAGCCUAACGCGACAACACAGGGAGCAAGGCGGCUGGAGGGUGAGGGGACGCACCCACCCAGGACGGGACCCCAGUCCAUCACAGGCACCCCACGCAGGGCUCAAAUCCCAGACCCAGCAGAGCGGGAUCCAGCCAAAUCCGCACCACCGCUUCCAAACUCUUGCUCUAAGCAAUUUCAGUUCGACGGUUUACUUUGACCUGAGCCACACUCUAAUCACUGUUUCAAUGAAUGAAUUCAAAGAUUUUUGUGUAAACGCUUUCUGAAUAAAGGGACCGAAUUUAUUAAA